AUGGACCAAUCGCAUUCUCGCAUCACCAGCACCCCGUGCCAACACCACCACUUGCGCAAGGCUGACCGAUUUCAACCUUCCCAUGCUCCUCACGGCUUUGACCUGAACUUGCCUCUCCCGUCUUUUCGGCUCUUGAAGGGUGGCCAAUGGGUUUGUCGGCAAGCUAGGUAUCAGCCAGCAGCAUCACCCGCAGCAGCUCUGGCUGGCAAAAAUCUUCCUGUCGAACCGUCUGAAUUCAGCCGGCAUGGACAGCCAUCGGAUGUUACUUGCCUGCCCAUGCUCGCUCCCUUCAGGCACGACGUUCCGGAUUCCAUCCCCCGAGUCAUUCCACGAUAUGGGGGAUGUGACGAUGGCCCAAGCAGCGCGAACACCAAGCUCGAGGGAGGAGUGGAGGAGAAAGGAGCUGAAGCGGCAGAAACUUUCGGAUCAGCGUACCGCGUAGCGACACCACCUCUUCGUAAAGCAAGCGCUGCGUGGUCCUUCUUCAGCAAUGACUGCAGCUGUCCUGGGCGGGGUUCCUCCAUGCCAGUAUGGACUGUCCGUGGUGAGCUGUGUACUACAACCGCUCAAGGCGUGCCUGAUCACACCGCUAUGGAGAUGCAUGAAACCAGCCUCAUUGCCCACACCCUCAUUCCCGUACCCAGCAGAUCAACUAGAUCACACGCCCAUCCUCCCCCAGAUACUGCAAGUCAACCCAGCGCCUCCAUCCCCUCCAGCCAUCCGCCCAUCCCUGCACCUCCCCUCCCAUACCCCAUGCCAACGACCUUCUCGAACCCGCCUGAAGGCCCCCAAGUCUUGCCGCUUCCAAUCAUCCAAUUCGUCACCACCGUCUGCCCACAAAAAUGCCGAGCGUUGGAUUGA